UGGUAUGAGCCUUGAUGGAUCCAGUUAUGCAAGAGCUGCGCCUGCUCCAAGCUCUAGUUCUCCAAUCGUGUUUACACCUGCACAACAACAGAUACAAUUUCUGCAACAACAGCAAGCGCAACAAGAGUUUCAGCAGCAACCUCAAUACCAGCAACAGCAACAGCCACAACAGUUCCAGCAGCAAUCUCAAUACCAGCAACAACAACAACAAAUCCCCCAGCAACAUAUUGCCUUUAAUGGACCUGUUUUUUAGGCUCCCAAUCUUUUAACACACA